AUGGACGAGCUCACCAACACGCAACUCGAUCGCAGGGAGUCUGCUCUGGGCGACCUGGACGAGGGCGGUAACCCACUCGUGUCGUUCGCCAAGUCGCGUAACGGCGGCGAAUACGAUCCCUCCAAGUUCAUGUCCGUCAAGGAGGUCUGGGUCAAUCAGCAGAUGGACCAGCGCUCCUCUGAAUUCACGGACUACAAGCCACUUCGGUUCAUGUUCGGCACAUGGAACGUGAACGGCAAGAUGCCUGAGUCGCUGGACGGAUGGCUGCGCACCGAUCAGCCGCCGCCGGAUCUCUACGCCAUCGGGAUCUGGUGGCACGACGAAGACGUGUGGGCGUUGGUGCUUGGCGACACGACCCGCUCACACCCGUGGGUCGAGGCCAUCAUGCUCUCCCUCUCCAAAGUGGCCGACUAUCACAUGCUGGUGACCAAGCAGCUUGUGGGCAUAUUGCUGGUCAUCUGCGUGCGGCAGGAGCACGUGCCCCACAUCCGCUCCAUGCAGACCGCAGCGGCGUCUGUGGGCAUCAUGGGUAUCAUGGGAAACAAGGGUGGCGUGGCCGCGCGGUUCAUGUUCUAUGACAGCAGCAUCUGCAUCCUCAACUCGCACCUCAACGCCCACUACGAUCGCGUGCAGCGGCGGAACCAGGACUACAAGGACAUCAUCAGCAAACUGCUUGUACAGAACGACCUCGAUAUUUUCGAUCACGAUCAUGUGGUGUGGAUCGGCGAUCUCAACUACCGUAUUGAGGGCCUCGAUGCGGUGGUCAGGAAGAAGAUCCGCGAGGGCGACUUGGCCUACUUGUUUGAGCGCGACCAGUUGCGUAUGCAAAUGGCCAGGCGAUUGGCGUUCGAGGAGUUCAACGAAGGCGUCAUCAACUUUGCGCCCACCUACAAAUACGAUCCCGGCACCGACGUCUACGACUCGUCGGAGAAGAAGCGCACGCCGGCGUGGUGCGACCGCGUGAUGUGGCGCGGCCGCAACAUGAAGCAGAUCAACUACCUGCGGCACGAGCUGCUGGCCUCCGACCACAGGCCCGUCUCGGCCACCUUCGAGAUUCAGGUCAAGUCCGUCAACGCCGAGAAGCGCAACUCCGCCUACCAGGAGAUCGUCAAGAAGCUGGACAAGCUCGAGAACGAAUGCAUGCCCGACGCCACAGUCUCCUCGAACAACGUCACCUUCAACAAUGUCAGGUACAUGGUGCCCUCCGAACAGACGAUUGAGCUCGAGAACACGGGCAAGGUUGUCGUUCGCUUCCGUUUCAUUCCCAAGCUCAACCAGAAGAAGUUCAGCAAACCUUGGCUCGACGUUCGACCACCCUUCGGCAUGGUGAUCCCGGGCGAGAAGAUGAAGAUCAAGCUUAGCGUGCUCAUCAACAACAGCUGGGCGCCCGACUUCAACCUGGGCCGGGAGAAGCUCGAAGACAUUCUCAUCCUCCAUCUGGAGAAGGGUAAGGACUACUUCAUCUCGAUCUCGGGCAGCUACAUCCAGUCUUGCUUCGGCUCCACGCUCGAGCACCUUGUGUGCUUCCCCGGACCCGUGGCUUCGUCUCCGGCGGGUCCGCCCACAGCAACCGAUCGUCUCUCCAUCCCCAAGGAAUUGUGGCGCAUUGUGGACUACAUCUACAGAAAGGGAAUGGAUGAGAGAGGGCUGUUCUCGCAAUCGGGCAUCCAGAGCGAGAUGGAGCAGCUGCGAGAACUGCUCGACUAUGGACGCUCGUUCGAUGAGUACACCGGCAGCAUCCACAGCGUGGCGGAGAUCCUCUUCCGCUUCCUCGAGUCGCUCGCCGAGCCAAUUAUCCCCUUCGCGCUCUACAAGCAAGCCCUGGAGAGCUCGGCCUCUUACAACCAGUGUAAGCAACUGCUGUCGUAUCUGCCGGUGGUCAACUACAACGUGUUCUACUACCUCAUGGCCUUCCUGCGAGAGGUCCUGCAACACGGAGACAAGAACAAACUGCAAGCCGACAAGCUCGCGUUGCUGUUUUCCAGCGUGCUUGUGCGGAGCCCCAACCCAAGGAACGUGAGCGAGGGCAGCCAGGAGAAGAAGAGGGAGUUUGUCUACCAGUUCCUCUCCUCCAAGGAGAAGCUCAAGGUGCCAUGA